GGAAAGCGAUCACUUUAUUAGGAUGACCAAUGACAUACUCUCGUUUCAAAGCUAUGCUUCAAGUGAGUCUCCAGAAAGGAAAUCUGGACUGGACGGCAGAUAAUACUGACAAAGGGGACAGGCAACAGUGACCUCUUGUCUGGAUUUAACUUCAGAAGAAAGACGAGGACAUCUUUCUACUUAACCACAGACAGAAAUGAAAACUGGUGAAAAUACAGGGAAAUCUGGAGGUGAAGAAGUGAGACGCUUGAAUCAGUUCACUGGCCCUAUUAUGCUCAGGGAAUGGGCCAGAGGCAAAGUCAUGAGAACACUCAAGACCUGACUGAUGAAACCUCAGCAGAUUCUCUAUCAGAAAGAGUGUGAGCAGCUAAACUAAGACAUUAAAAGGAAAAUAACAGAUGCCACUCUACAGCCUGUAUUAACUACCACUUACUGGAUACAUUCAAAUUCUUCAAGAAUCAAGAGUAACCAGGAUCAGGCAGCUUAAUUUUUCCGGAGCGGUCUCUCUGAAAACGUUGCCCACAGAACGAGGGCAGAAUCGGGCAGCAGGGACCUGACGGUCAUCUCCCCCUCCGCCCCCAGGUAGCGCCAUGGCCAACCUCAGCUCCGUGGCGGGGAACAGCAGCCAGUGCAGCCGAGACUACAACAUCACCCAGGCGCUCUUCCCGCUCCUCUACACCGUCCUGUUUCUCGUGGGGCUCGUCACUAACAGCCUGGCCAUGAGGGUGUUCUUUCAGAUCCGCAGUAAAUCCAACUUCAUUAUUUUCCUUAAGAACACCGUCAUCUCCGAUCUCCUCAUGAUUCUGACUUUUCCAUUCAAAAUCCUCAGCGAUACUAAGCUGGGAACAGGACCCCUGAGGGCCUUCGUGUGCCAAGUGACCUCCGUCGUGUUCUAUUUCACGAUGUACAUUAGCAUCUCAUUCCUGGGGCUAAUAACCAUCGAUCGCUACCAGAAGACCACCAGGCCCUUCAAGACGGCCAACCCCAACAAUCUCCUGGGGGCUAAGGUCCUCUCGGUUGUCAUCUGGGCGUUCAUGUUCUUAAUCUCCUUGCCUAACAUGAUUCUGACCAACAGGAGGCCGAGUGACAAGACUGUGAAGAAAUGCUCAUUUCUGAAGUCAGAGUUUGGUCUGGUCUGGCAUGAAAUAGUCAAUUAUGUCUGUCAAGUCAUUUUCUGGAUUAAUUUUCUCAUUGUCAUUGUAUGCUAUACGCUCAUUACCAAAGAACUGUACAAGUCAUAUGUGAGAACAAGGGGCGCUGGCAAAGUCCCCAAGAAAAAGGUCAACAUCAAGGUUUUCAUCAUCAUCGCUGUGUUUUUCAUAUGUUUUGUUCCGUUCCAUUUUGCCCGAAUCCCCUACACCCUGAGUCAAACCCGGGAUGUCUUUGACUGCGCAGCUGAGAAUACUCUGUUCUACGUGAAAGAGAGCACACUCUGGCUGACGUCCUUAAACGCGUGCCUGGAUCCAUUCAUCUACUUUUUCCUUUGCAAAUCCUUCAAAAAUUCCUUGAUGAGUAUGCUGAGAUGUUCCGGUUCUGCAUCAUCUCCAACCCAUGAUAAGAGGAAAAAAGGACAGGACGGCAGUGACCCAAGUGAAGAGACACCAAUGUAAAUAAGCUGAGGCGAUACUUCAGCCUAUUAGUGUAUAUGACUCCCCAAAGGCAAGCACUAUGUGGAAAAUAUUAACACUGCCUAAGAAGUAGCUGGGUUAGUAACAAUAACUCUUGAAACAAGUAACAAACAGAAGACUACGGAAGCAAUUUUCAUUUCCUUGUCCAAUACUGAAAGCAAUCUUAAGCAGCAGAGAAGUGACCUAACAUGUAGCCAUGUAGCAAAACUAACUUCGUCCAAUCACCAUGCCACACGCAGAACUACACACAGGCAUGACAUGUGGAGUUCUGACAAAAGGUGUAAACCACAUAAUAAUGUAUACUGUAAUUAAAAAAAAAUACAUUGAUCACAAUCCUAUUAUGAAUUUAUUAUAAUAAGCUAAGAAUGAUAAAUCUGAUAAAAUCACACCAAUUAUUAUAUACUAAUAUAUGUACAUAUACAUGCUCAUAUAUAUAUAUAUAUAUAUAUUGCAGUCCCUUAACCAAAUGCUGACCUAUGUGAUACUCUUUAUAAAAAUUUAAGUAAUUGAGACAUGCAAAGAACACUAACUACUAACUUUCGAUUAUGAGGAAAAACUUAAGGGAUUUAAACUAAUUGAAAUGGUAACGGAUCAGACUAAAAGGUUUUAAAACUACCUUCUCAAGAAAAACAGCAGAAAUAGCAAUGUUAUUAAAACAGAGUUAUUUUACAAUGUUCAAAUACCAGGAACUUAUGAAUAUUUCCUUAACAGCACAGAAACUGGUUUACUCAUAUUUUGAUAACUUUAGUAAAUACAGUGCCAUCCUUGAUACCGAUCUCUAUUAACUAGCUUCUAAAAACUACCUGUGAUUAGGGCUAAUGAACAUUUCCCCUAUGAGAAAAGCAAAUUAAAUAUGAUCAUGCAGUUGAACAGUAUGAACAUUAACAGGAAAGUGAUGAAAAUGUUGGGAGUUACCUGUUUGUCAUUUGUGUAUAUAAUAAAUAAUUUACAUUAAACUCUAAAACAUACUUUGUUGGAAUUUCUUUGUUCAAAGUUAUGAGAUACUACAACUCAUAUUUUCUAUACUCUCAUAUCAAAUGAACCUAUUUAAGAAAGGAUAGUUGCCGAUACUAUCCUUUUUAUUACAUACUAUUAGGCAAAAUCUAUUCUGAAGGUGAUAUCUCAUGUUAAUUAGUUCACUGCUGUUAUCGCUGCUUAGUUGCUAAGUCACGUCCGACCCUUUACAAUCCCAUGGACUGCAGCACACCAGGCUCCUCUGUCCAUGGGAUUUCCCAGGCAAAAAUACUGGAGUGGGUUGCCGUCUCCUUCUCCAGGGGAUCUUUCCAACUGAGGAAUCAAACCUGCUGCUCCUGCAUUGGCAGGCAGGUUCUUUACCACUGAACCACCAGGGAAUCCAAUUAGUUCAUUCGUAAAUGAAAAAAUAGGUCAAAUUUAUAAUGUUGUCAGAUUCCACAAAAGCCAUAUUGUUUUUUCAAUGUAAACAAAACACACAUCGCACUUGGA